AUGCUCUUUCCUAUGUACGUUGUGCCUCUGAACACACUGCUACAGAUGACAAAGAUCGAGCCGCACGAGGUGCUAAAGGCACGGGCGGAAGUCGAGGAGUUUGAGACGGGCAGGGGCAAGGCGUUCUUUGUUUCGCAUCAGUGGCUAGACAACCAUCACCCAGACCCGGACUUUACUCAGAUGCGAGUGCUGCAGGAUGCUUUGAAGCAUCUGAUGUGCGACUUGCGUCGUGUGGAGCUGGAUUCUUGGACGGAGAUCGUGGUGCCAAGUGCCAAGACCUUGCCGACAGCCCCUUUGCGGUCAGCUCCUGUUUUCCUGUGGUACGACUAUUUUUCUUGCCCACAGCUGGAGCCCCAACCUACGACAGACAUGCCUCAACACACUGUAAGCCGUAGCAAUCUGGGCAAUGCAAUCAGCAGCAUCCCAGCUUAUGUGGUUUCCUGCUCGUUGUUCCUGGUGCUGUCUCCAGUUCUCGAGAGCCCGGAUCACACGAAAUUAUUGACUCCUGCAUCGUGGGCCCAGCGCGGCUGGUGUCGCGUCGAGAGGAUGUGCAGGGAGAUGUCCGAAGAUGGCGACUGGGUCAUGAUCCGCAGCGGAAAGCUGAUGGAGGUGAUCUCGUGUCCAGUCGUUUCUCCUGCCGGCGGGUCGCCCGGUGAAGGUCAGUUCACUGUCCCAGAAGACAGGGAGAUACUUGGGCCCAUUCUCAUGGCUGCGCUGCGGCGGAAGCUACGCUUUCUGAUGCACACUGGAGACCUUGUGGGUUUCCGAGUUCUCCUAAACCACCAACCCAUGUUUCUGAGGGGCUUCGAGAACCAACCAGAAUUUGAGCUGGUUCCUGGCUUUGAGACUCCCACAAGUCAGGGCCCAGAGAACACAGCUUCCUUAAUGGUCUCGAAAUUCCUGCACCACAACGGCUUCAGACACGUUCCUGGGCCGUGA